AGUUGUUGGUAGGACUGGCAAUUAUUAGACUGAUUUCGAUGGACGUCCAUAUUGAAAACAAGGGAAAUGUUUUACUGAUUUCAUUUUCAUUAUUUAAAGCCAAAUGUAAAUAAUAAUGGACGAGACGAAGGUGAUUUACCACAUAGACGACGAAGAGACGCCGUACCUGGUCAAGCUGAGCAUAGCACCUGAGAAAGUGACUCUCGCCGACUUCAAAAAUGUCCUCAACAGGCCUAAUUACAAAUACUUUUUCAAAUCUAUGGACGACGAUUUCGGGGUUGUCAAGGAGGAGAUCGUGGACGAUGACGCUCACCUGCCUUGUUUCAACGGACGUGUCGUUUCCUGGCUUGUGUCAGCCGAAGGCAGCAACCUUUCCGAUGGGACGUCCCAGUGUACGGAGAGUGCGAGCCAUUCGGACGGCAAGAAUCCUCCGGACAGGCACAAAGACAAUCACCAUGGACAUGGGUCCCGAAUGAACCAAGAUGACCUGACGUGCACUGAAACGGAGUCCAUUAUCAGUUCAAGACCAGGAGGUCAUCACCAUCAUGAACCUCGAGUUCAUGAUAAAUAUCACAAAUAUAAUGGCGUUAAGAUGAAUGGGCAUGGAAAAUUACCCCUUAGGCUUCAUGGAUAUGAGUCAUCGUCGAUUUUAAGUUCAGAGCUUGAAACAACUAGUUUUUUAGAAAGUGAUGAAGAAGAGGAUGAUGAUGCUUCUAGUAGGAUAACCACAACUACUGGAAGAGCAACAAACCUAUCAGUCGAUAGGGGUACUCUAGAAAGUGGGAGCGUGAUGUCUAGAAUAGUCGGUAGACGGAGACCACAAAGGAGAAAAAAACACAGGGCUCCAAUGUCCAGGACCUCUUCCUACUCUUCCAUCACCGAUUCGACGAUGUCUUUAAAUAUAAUUACUGUCAUCUUGAACAUGGAUACAGUCAAUUUUCUAGGUAUAAGCAUUGUUGGCCAAAGUAACAAGGGUGGCGAUGGAGGAAUUUAUGUUGGUUCAAUUAUGAAAGGUGGGGCCGUAGCGUUAGAUGGAAGGAUCGAACCUGGUGACAUGAUCCUUCAAGUCAAUGAUAUCAAUUUUGAAGACAUGUCGAACGAUGAAGCAGUUAGAGUUUUGAGAGAAGUGGUCCAGAAACCUGGGCCAAUUAAACUGGUAGUGGCAAAAUGUUGGGAUCCCAACCCCAAAGGAUAUUUCACAAUACCUCGAACCGAACCCGUAAGACCAAUAGAUCCUGGUGCCUGGGUUGCCCACACUGCUGCUAUUAGAGGUGAAAGUUAUCCAUUGAGGCCUCCUUCAAUAUCAACUUUAGAAUCAAAUUCGUCUUCAGUUUCAUCAAGUAUACCAGAUAUCGAUAGAGCUUUAGAAGAACUUCAUUUAAAUGCUAACACAACAGAUAUGCUAACAAUUGUGAGAGCCAUGGCAAGGCCUGAAUCAGGUUUGGAGAUUCGAGAUCGUCUAUGGUUAAAAAUAACUAUCCCAAAUGCCUUUAUUGGGGCAGAUGUUGUGGAUUGGCUGGAGAGCCAUGUCGAAGGUUUAAGUGAUAAACGGGAUGCUAGGAAAUAUGCUUCCCAAAUGCUAAAAGCAGGUUAUAUUAAGCACACUGUAAACAAAAUAACAUUUUCCGAACAGUGUUACUAUGUGUUUGCUGACCUUCUAUCAGCAGAAUUUGGAACACUGAAAAUUGACGAUAUGGCAAACGGUGAUCACGACACGGUUGGACCUUUACCGCCUCCAAGCGGAGGGCCACUUCACUGGCCUCCGCCAGGUGGAGCGCCGCAUCCAUAUGCGACGACAUUCUUACCAUACACACCUCUGCCGUACUCGCAAUGUUACACAAACGAGCCCUCAAUUUAUGGAUACGCUCCACCUCCGCCACCUCUUUUACCUCAUGUUGAAGAAAGCGUUCACAGUGGAGGUUCUGGAAGUUCGAAUGGUAGCGGAGGGUCCAGGGUGAAGAAUAAUGGGGGCAGUGGAGGUCAAAAGAGCUCAGGGAGCGACAGGGCGACACAGGUUCGAAGCAACUCGAGGUCGAGUGGCUCUUCAGCAGCGACAGCCACGCCGUUGCAGGUCGAUCCCCAGCCGGCGAACACCGAUAUCAGUGGAAGUAGGCAAUCUUUUAGGAUAGCUAUGGGCAACCCGUGUGAGUUUUUUGUAGAUGUUAUGUAGCUUAAUGCGCUUGACUAUUAUUUUUCAAUAGUUGCGAGUAAGGAAAAAGAAGUGACAAAUAACAAUUCUUUUAGAUUGCAUGAACAUUUUCAUUUUCAUUAAUUUGGGUUUUUUUUGUUUUUGGUGUUAGUGCAUGAUAGUGUGUACUAGAUGUAGAUAAUUUUGUAAUAUUUCAUCUGUAGCUUUAUUAGUGUUUGUAUUUUAAUCAGAAGUUAAUGCUGUGUCUUCACUUAAUUUUAUUUAUUUUUUUGGUUUGCCAUAUAUUAUUGUUUAUAAUAAUUUAGUGUCUCGUAACAGUUUAUUUUUGCCUGAAAUGCACUUCAUUCCUUGCACGACUCACAAUCACUACUUCACAUUGAUAUUUCAAUUAUGUAAUAAUUUUGGAAUUUCUGUGUGCAGGAAAUUGAGGACAUAUGAAAAAAUAUAUGCUCAACGUUAAUACCGAAGACACGGCAUAACUUUCAUGUUAAACCCCAAAAAAAGAAAGAAAGAAAGCGCAAAAAAAACCAAUAGAGAGUUGUAUAUAGUAUUUAUAUUAAUUUUAUAUCCAUAUUGAAUAAUUUAAAAUUGUAAUAUUAAAAAUAGUAUUUGGAAUUAAUUGAAAAAAAAAGUUUUCAUGGGUUAGAUUAUAAAGUCAGACGGGUGCCCUAGAAGAGAAAAUUAUUUACUAAUCUUUUUAAUUAAUUCUUAAUAUUUAAUAUUAUAAAAGAUUAAACUUUUGUAUAUAAAAAUCAAAUAUAUAUUAAUGUAUAAUUUUGUAUAAUUUCAAAAUAAUUGUGAAAGAUAUAUUAAGGAAAAAGAGGGUAUUUUUAUUAUUAUUGUUCAUUUACAGUUAUUUAUAGUCAAAAUAGUGAUGUGGCUUUAAUUUUUAAAUUUUGCGUUUAAAUUUUGUUGUUCGUUAAAAUAAAUGUAAGGUUAUAUAUGAGAAUUGGGUUGCUCUUCAUUUUAGAAACGUUCCAUCGGGACAGUCGUCAAUUCUGAAAAUCUAUUUUUAUUUGUUUAAAUUAUUAGAAAGUAAGAACAAGUAGAUUAGUAGCUCAAACAGUAUAAUAAAAUGGUGCUAAAUGGAUAUAUUUUUAUAUUGUACUACUUUCGAUUAUUCUCAGGCUGUGGUGUGCUCUAAAAAAUAGAUUUUUAUAUUAAAAAAAACAUGAUGAAAUGAAGUUCAUGUUUUGGAAUCAUCUUGUACGAUAUUCUUAAUAAAGCAGCCUGAUUUAUUUUUAGUUCACCUGUUUUUACAUCUUAGAGGCCCAAUUACUCUAUUUGUAAGCAGUCCUUCAUCUCGAUUUAUUUUCUACCGAGAGGAUUUCAAUUUAUUAUUUUUUAAAAAUUCAAGGAAAACAAUUGAAAGAUAAGGCUGUUUUAUAAUAUGACCUUACAUAAUGUAUAUGCCUUUCUUCUUUUUUUUUACUCAGUGAAAUUCACUUAUGAAAAUCAUGAUAUGAGGACAGUUAUGAUGAAAUUUUUUUAAAAAGACUGAAAGCGUGUGUCGCAGACACCGAAAAAAGAACAUGUUUUGAAUUCCCAAUUCUUUUUUACUAAUGGCCGACCUUAGAGCGGGGAGGGGAGUUAUUUUUAUAGGGAUUUAAAAAAAAAGACAUCCCUAAAACAAAAAUUAUGUGGGAAUUAGCAGAAAUGUUUAUUAACGCACAUUUAUUCAAAUUUUAACUUCCACACAAAUUUCCUAUGAAUUGUAUACUUGACACCAAUGAGCUUAAUAACUACUAUUAUUAAUUUUACAAAAUCAAUCGUCUUUUUUUAUUGUAAGUGUUUUGGCAAGUUUACCAUGUUUAGUGUGUUAUUCAAAUUGUGCCAAGUUUUACUCAUUUAUACUUUUUUUAUUUGUACCCAUUAUAUAAGUUAAUGUUACUAACUAUUAUUAUACAUAUCUUUGUAAUGAUGCUGGAUAUCAGUUUUUUACCAGCAGAAUGUUUUUAUUGUUCCCGUUUACUUUUGUUAUCGUCAUAUCUGUGUUGAAAAUUUGUUUGUUGUUACUUUGUAAAAUUUUAUUUGGAGACACUGCUUCAUCAGCACAGAAUUUUGGUUGUACUAUUUCUCUUUUCUAUGCCGGAAAAAUGUUCAAACUAAGGUAAAGAAUUUUUUAAAGGAUAAAAGAAGUCAACUGUGUUUUGAUAUAUCUUUAUGUACUUUGCUGUAAUGUGUGGUAGUAUGUAGUUCCUGUCCACUUGUUUUUAUUUAUUUAUUUUGUUAUGAAAGCAAAUGGAAACAACAAGAAACAAAGAGAAAUGUUUAACUGAAACAAGUUCAGUGUUAAAAGCCAUGUGUAAAUAAACAAAUCCAAAUUUAA